AUGUCUGGCAAAAUGUCUCAAUCCGAUGCUUCCCGUAUUCAGUCUAGCCAAGCGAAGUCCGGCAACAAUCCCGGCUUUGCUGCCCGUGCCCAGAGCGCGGGCGACCGUAACGCCAACUCCGGCCAGUGCGGUGGAGGAGGAGGAGGAGGCGGAGGGCAGUCGGGGGGUGGAGGGCAGCAAGGGGGGAAAGCUGGCAGCGGAGACGGCGGUGGGCAGCGCAAGUAG